UUGAGGUGACUUCCAUCAAUAUAUCAAACGAAAUGUUGCUCCUCUAGUCGAGCCUGCUAACAUUUUCAAGUUCUCCGUGUGAAAACUUAGGUGUUUCCUGUCAUUGUAUGCAUAACGGGGCAGGAAGGCAAGACUGAAUAAAAUGUUGAUCAUGAACAACUCUUCGCCCAGAACAAAUAAUCAUAGUGAUAAUGGUUUUGUGCUUGAAAGCUAUCCCCAGCGAAUCAUCAUCGCUUGCAUCCACUGCAUCAUCAUCGUUGUCGGCAUCAUUGGGAACAGCCAUGUGGUACUUGCUGUGCUGCUCUGCCGAAAGCUGAGGUCAUCCACCAACUGGCUUGUUGUCAAUCUCGGAAUGGCCGAUCUCCUAAACUGUCUUUUCCUUCCUUUCAAUGUCGUAGCAUUACUUAGCAAGGAUGGGUGGCCCAUCGGUGAAUGGAUCUGUGCAAUGACAGGAGUCGUCACGAUGACCUGUCUAGGAGCUAGCAUCGUCAGUCUUGCUCUCAUUGCACACAAUAGAUUGACUCUCCUCACCAAGCCUAGGUUCACAUUCUACCGCUUCUACUCUAAUCGUAACCUGACUGUGAUGGUGAUUUUAUCAUGGCUCUACCCGCUGUUGCUUGUCAUAAUCCCACCGAUAGCAGGACUCGGAAUGUUAGGAUAUUCGGAAAACUACAAGGUAUGUCUGCAGGAUACCACCUUGCCAAACUCAGAUUAUUACAGUCUUAUUGCCGGGGUGGGUGUCAUCGUUCCUGCAUCCAUCAUCAUAGUAAUCAUCUACGUACUCAUAUAUCGAUAUGUUUCGCGCCAUAAUAAGGCUUUUGAGAGAAGAUUGGCCGAAUCGAGCAAAGCUGGAAGUUCUAAAUUUACUCGAACCAGUCUUGAUAUGAGUACCAAUUGGACAGAAUCCAGGGAUCAUCAGCAAACGAACGAAGACGUGGCUGGCAGUUCGAAGCUAAACUGUCAGAUAUUUGGCAAUGCUGGGAACGGCAGCACAUUCGCGGCUACUUCUCAUAUCAACAACCAAAAUGAUACAUCAAACCUGUCAAGUACAGGAAACCUGACAGAAAGUAAUGAUGCCGAAAGACAAAACAAUCCAUCGGACAACCCAUGUAAAACUAAUGAAGAUGAAAUAGAAAGUAAAGUUAAAUCCCAAGCUGAAGAUAUAGAAUCAACGUCAGACGAUCGUAUCAGCCAGGCUAACCUCGAAAAUAAAGAAUCGUCAAAUCCUAGAAGGGAUAUCCAAACACCCAAAAGAACUGAUGAUCUAAAACCUUCGCCUAAAAUUUCGCGCCACAACAUUAACGUCACCAAACGUCUGUUCCUGGUGGUCAUUUCUUUCUUCCUAUGUUUUCUUCCAUUUGGGAUCUGUGUGAUGGUGCCUACCAGUGAUCCAGCGGUUCCAUGGGCUAACCUUCUGAUGAUGCUCAACAGUUGCAUCAACCCUAUCCUCUAUGCUGGUACUAUGCCGAUGUUCCGGAAGGUAAUGUGGUGUAUAGCUCGAUGUCGAUACCACAGUAUUCCGGAGGGGGUCGAUUUGAUACGCUUUUGCCGUAGGCAUCAAUUGUAAACUCUAGAUAUUAAAAAAAGUUAAUUUAUUGCAUAAUGAUUUCUGAAAGACCAUUGAAAAUACUGAAAGACAAUUAAACGAUGGACUAGUCUAAACUCAGAAGGCAAGAAGUACAUGUAUCAGUUAGUCUUUUAAAGUUUUCCGCGGGGGGGGGGGUGGUCAGUAAGUUCUUUCAGUGGUCUCUGUUAGUUUUCAUAACGAUCCAUGGUUUUCCGAAGAUCUCUGGCAGUGUGACAGAUGACGUUUCAGUGAUUUCUCAACAGCCUUAUUGAUCUUUCAUUAAAGUGUCUUCAGCUGUCUUCACUAACUUUGGCUGUCUGUCACAUUAAAAGUGUAUAUACAAGCUAUGUUUUUAAGUGAAUUGCAAGAUAAUCUGUAUACUUCUGUCUAUAUAUAUUACGAUAUCUAUUAUAAAUUUCUACAAAAAUAUUCUUUAUGCAUAUUAUGUAAUUACCAUUUAUAUCAUUGAAUGUAAUUAUGAACGAAGGAAAUUAAUUUGUAUUAUUCUUUAUGGGUUCUAGGACAAUUACCCCCUGAGGACAACUAUCCCUACUAUUGUAUUUGCAAACCUCUUUCGCAUAUAUUCAAUCUAUCAUUUACUACAGGCAUUUUUCCAGAUAAAUUAUAAGUUGCAAGAGUUAUACCAGUUUUCAAAAAGGGAGAUAAAGAUUUACCUGGAAAUUAUCGAUUUUACCCGCGAUUAGCAAAAUAUUUGAAAAACUAGUGAAUGCACGAUUGAUGAAAUUAAUAGAAAAGAAUGAAAUAUUGUAUAAACACCAAUAUGGUUUUAGAAAUGGAUACAGUACGAAACUUUCACUGAUAAAUCUGAUUAAUCAAAUUACAAGAUAUACCGAUGAGGGAAAGGUGACAGUAGGAAUAUUCAUCGAUUUUGCUAAAGCUUUUGAUACGAUUAAUCAUUCUAUUCUCAUUAAGAAACUAGAACACUAUGGCAUUCGUGGUAAGGCAGUAGAAUGGUUUAAUGAUUAUUUACGAAACAGAAAGCAAUUUGUUAAUUAAGAUGGUGUAAAUUCCGAAUACAGGUCGAUUUCAUGCGGUAUUCCACAAGGAUCAGUUUUGGGUCCAACUUUGUUCUUGUUGUAUAUAAACGAUCUGGCAAACUCAUCAAAUUAUUUCAAUUUCCGUCUUUUUGCGGAUGACUCAAAUUUAUUUCAUACUUUCAAUUGUGAUGAACAACAUAUUGAUUUAUCAGAAAGUAGUCUCAAUUUAAACAAUAUAAUAGCAUGGUGCAAUGCCAACAAAUUGACAAUCAAUGUUACGAAAACUAAAUAUAUGUUGUUUAAAAAUAGACGAAAAAAUAUUUUGAUAUCAGGACAAUUGUCACUGAAAGGAACGUUAUUAGAGUGUGUUGAAUCAACAUUAUUUCUUGGUAUAUGUAUCGACAAAAACCUUACAUGGAAGAAACAGGUUGACAUUGUCUGCAAUGUGCUAAGCACAAAAAUUGGAAUACUUUAUAGAUUGAGGAACUAUGUAACAAAGAGAAUCUUAGUUAUGUUAUACAACUCAUUUAUUUUACCACAUAUAACGUAUGGUCUGGAAGUAUGGGGUGGGACGUGCAAAACAACACUGAACCCUAUAUUAUAACUUCAAAAACGAAUAGCUAGAAUAAUGACGUUCAACCAUCAUACUUAUCACUCUGCUCCUUUUUUUUAUGAUCUAAAUAUUCUCGAUAUUUUCAAACAAUACCAAUAUUUGAUAGGAGUAUUUAUGCAUGAUUUGAUUAAUAAUCGGUUGCCGCAUUGUUUUAUUGAUUAUUUUUCAUUUAUAGACCAUCCUUACAAUACAAGAAAUAGAGAACAGCGAUAUGUUAAUCUUGACAAAAAUAAUACCAAUUUGGGAAAACAAUCAAUUUCAUUUCCUGGUCCUACUUUAUGGAAUCAUCUGCCAAGUAAUAUUAGAAACACCCCCAGUCGUAAGAUAUUUAGCAAAUCGUUAAAAUUAAUGCUACUGGAAGAUUAUAAUUAAUUUGGUAUGGUAAACUGCCGGAUUUUGUGAAUAAGUAAGAUAUUUUUUUCUUUUAAAUAGUGUAAAUAUGUUCACUGAAAAUGCCCGAAAUUUUCUGCAACAAUAAUUAGUAGAAUUAGUAUUGAAUUUGAUGUACAAUAUUGAGAUUUAGUUAAAUUUAUUGUUUAAACUAUGAUAAUGACAUUAUUUGGGGCUAACCUCGUUUAGCAUUUUGCUAUUAUGUUAGCUCCAAUUACCAAAUGUUUUGUUUAUAUGUGAUGUACUAUUCCUUGUAAUUGUACCUGACAGUGAUAUUUGGUAAUAAAUUCAAUUCAAUUCAAUCCCCAAUGACAAUUACCCCCCCCUGGACAACUAUACCUCCAAGGACAAUGACCCCAGACAAUAACCCCCAAACAAUCACCUCUGAGGAUAUAGGCCUAUGCCCCAUGAUAAUUACCCCUGAAAAUUACCCCCCCCCCCCCCCUCCUCUUCGGCAUCGAUGUUAGAAUCAAGCAGGACCCAUUGUAAGUCUUGGCCGGUGGCACAGGUUUUCGAAAUAUUUUCUACUUUAUCUUAUCUAAAUAACUUUGUCUUCUCUUUUACAUUACUCUUUCUCCUAUUCUCUCUCCUCUCUCUCUCUCCCCCCCCCCUCUCUCUCUCUCUCUAC